AUGUUUCUCGUCUUCGUGCUCUCUUUCCUGCUCCUCAACGCAUCGCUCUCCCUAGCCUCGCCGCAGCAGCCUCUCGCCUCCUCCCGGUCCUGUCCGUCACUGCCCCACAAGGUCAACAUCACAUAUCGUCGCGACGACGACAAGACGCCUCUCGCGCCCUCCCCGCUGCCGCCACCGCACUACCGUAGUGAUGGACCUGAGAUUAUCCGACGCCUGCUCGCCCUGCCGCCGAGCGCGUCGUUCAGGAGCAUCCGCAACGUGACGCUACAGGGCGACACGUUUGAGCCGGAGGGCAUGGUCCUCCUGGGGCCGUCACGGCUGGUGGUGUCGUCGGCCGAGUACGUCACACCCACCGAGAAGUACGCCAACGGCGAGUGGCGGAACGGGACGGAUCGCACGCCGGGCGCGGGCUUUGGGCAUCUGCAGGUGUUUGACUUGAGCGACGACGGGGCGAUGCUGGCGGACGCGUCCAUCUCGGCGGCGGGCGCGUGGGAGUAUCACAAUGGGGGCAUUGACUACGACGGGACGCGCAUCGUGGGUGUGCUCGGACAGCGACGGCCUGGGAGCAGUGGGUUUGUGUACGCUGCGGACCUCGAGGGGCUCGCGGUGGAAGGACUGGUGCACUUUGCGGGUGAUCACAUGGGGGCGGUGGUGGUGGAUGCGGAGAGGGAGAGGGUGCUGGGUAUGAAUUGGGGGGCGCGCAAGGGGUAUGUGUUUGGGAUUGGGGAUCGGUGUGAGGAGAAGGCGGCGGCGGACAGGGUGGUGGAGAACAAGUCGUACUUUGUGGACUACCAAGACUGCAAGUUCCUAGGGCGGGCAGAGGAGGAGAAGAGACACGAAGAUGGGCUGAUGCUGUGCUCUGGGGUGAAGACGUUGGGCGGCAGGGAGCGGUACGUCCUUGGUGGUCUGGCGCUGGUGAGCGUGGAGAGCAUGGAUGCCGUGUGGGAGAUGCCGGUGACGAUGGAGAGUGCGAGGGGCACGCGGAUGACGAUGAAUCCGUUUGAUGUGGCGCUGGUGGAGGAUGGGGUCAGGGUGUUCUGGCUGCCGGACCAGCACGAGAGCGUGCUCUACGAGUACGAGCUGGCCUGA